UCCAUCUUUCAGUCAGUCAUUGGGAUUUGAACGGUAAACAUGGAAGUUUCAGCAAAGAUAAAAGAUGUCACAAUUGUAAGAAAAUAUCCAGCAUUUCGUGAUAAAUUUGUUAAUGGAUGUUGGCGAUGGAUAGAAGGAAAAAGAAAGGAUGAUUUUUCAGAAGGGCUUUGGCGAAUCCAUAAUAACUUAUAUGAUUUAACAGAUUUUAUCAUAAAGCAUCCCGGUGGAAAAUAUUGGUUGGAAGUCACUCAGGGCACUGACAUUACCGAAGCUUUUGAAAGUCAUCAUUUAUCAACAAAACCGGAAAAAUUGCUACCCAAAUAUUUUGUGAGAGAAGCAAAAUACCCUCGAAAUUACUUCUUAACAUACGACGAAAAUGGAUUCUAUCGCACACUCAAAAAACGUGUCGAAGAGAAAUUAAAGUCUAUCGAUAAAAGUGUCACGUGGAAAUCACGAUGGGUUCAUGAUAUCAAUUUAUUUGUUUUAUUUGUUUCAGCAAUAAUGGCAAAUCGAACAGAAAAUAAGUUUUUACAUAAACUAUGGAUUGUUAUUGCAGCUCAAUGUUUUGCAUGGUGUGCGAUGUUUUCUCACAAUUUUUUCCAUCAAGCUGACAACUGGAGAAUGUAUACGUCAAAUAUUUCACUUGUUUCAUGGCGCGACUAUCGAGUAUUUCAUAUUUUGUCACACCAUAUGUACACAAAUUCUUUCUCAGAUUUUGAGACAUCGACAUUCGAACCAUAUCUCAAGUGGAUACCGACACUGGAAAGAACAUGGUGUUAUUAUCUUCGUUUAAUUGCCUUUAUACCCUUACUUAUUCUCUCAUUCUUCCACAAUUUUUGGCGCUACAGGUUUCAAGGUUACAUUUGGGGAAACGAAAAAGUUUUUCGCUGGGACGAUUUUCUAUUAUUCACGUUACCGCUAGCUCAAAUUUUGUUUGGUAAAAAAAUGGUCACAUUAUCAUAUCUUGAAGAGAUAUAUUGGGGAUGGGCAAGCAUUGCAAUCCCUGGCUCAAUUCUUUAUUCAAUAAUAUUCUUCAACCGAGGUCAUCAUGCACCAUACAUAACUCAUCAAAAUGAUGAAAUUAAAAGUUUAGAUUUUGGAGAAUAUCAAUUGAGUACGACAAUUGAUCGGAAAGAAGCCAACUACAACAUUUUUACAUCAUUAGCAUAUUUUGGUGAUCAAACUCUUCAUCAUCUUUUCCCUACGAUAGAUCAUGCAAUUUUACCUGAACUAAGAAAUAUUUUAAUUAAAACAUGUAAGGAGUUUGAUGUUGAUUUACAUCCAGAAACGUCAAUGAUUAGAUCCACGAUUGACCAGUAUAAACAGCUUCUCCGUACAAAGAUAAUCAGGUGUUCAUGAGAUGUUAGAAUGCGA